AUGGACGAGAACAUCCAGGUCGCGAUCGCGCGAGCACAGGUGGAAGUCGCUGAAAAGCGGUUGGCUUUCUUAUUGGCCCAGGUCCCAUCCGCGCAGAACGCGCCCAUCGCCGACGCCGCGCCCAUCGCUGAAGCCGAGCCCAUCGUCAAAGCCAUACCAGUUGCCGAAGCCGCACCAGUUGCCGAAGCCGCGCUCGUCGCUGAAGCCGAGCCCAUCGUCGAAGCCAUACCUGUGGCCGAAGCCGCACCAGUCGUCGAAGCCGCGCCCGUCGCCGAAGACAAGCGCUCGACGAGCAACGACGAAGACGCGCCAUCGCCUGUCGCCACGCUCGAUGACGACGCGACUAAGCCUACCACCUCGCCUAACGACGAAGUGAUGCAAGCGGCGUUCGAUGGUGCCCGAGGCAGCGCGGAUACAGGCGAGAAUGACGACGAUGCGUCUGGCAGCGCGGUGUCCGACGAGAACGAUGAAGUGGAGGACCUCGUCGGAGAGGACGUCGAACAUGCCGAAACGAACAUGGCACCGAUGAAUAGCGAGGUCGAAGAGCGUAUGCCGGUCGGAGCGUUCAUGGAUCGCGUCUUUCGUUGGGCCGGCCUGGUAUGGUCGGAUUCGCCGACCAGGAAGGGCGUGGACGUCGAAGCAGCUACGCAGAUGAUUACUGAGCUAGUGGGCUUCGAAGUCGUCGCAUUUGACCAGGUCGGCGAGCGCGCCCCUUUGGAGAUCACGUCCGCCCGCCAAUGGGCUUCGAAGUCGCGACUGGCGACGAAGAUAUAUACGUCAGUACCGGAAGCGAAUUACACAAUUCUCGUUGCGCAGGCCUGGCGCGGCAUCCGGCAGCUCCCGUACAACGAAGUGCACAAGAUGAACGGACGUUAUGGGCUCAUUGGCGUCGUCCGCGCAAUUUACCAGGCGAACGCCGUGAAUCCAGACGCGUGUGAAGACUUCCGAGUGAUCAUGCUGGACGUUGCGGAGGCCUUCCGCGCCAUGCGCGCGACCAUCGGAGCCGCGCGCGACGCUGAGGCGAUGCCCGGACCUGCGCCGAUCACAACAGCCUCGAGUACGCUCCUCGAUGUGCUAAUGCAACGCAAUGCCGACCUUGCGGCGAGGGCUACGGAGGCGAUUAGGCGCCUGAUGAGCGGAGACGUCAUCGAGAUCGACGACGACGAAGAAGAGGAAGGGGCGCGCCUCUUGAAGAAGGGCGGCAGCGGCGGCGGAGGCGGCAAGGCGAAGAAGGGCCCUACGAAGCGCAAGUCGACAAGCUCGCCGGGACCUAAGCCGAAGCCGAAGAAGAGGAGGUCGUAG